GUUCAGGGGGCCUUCUUGGGGAGGUGGGGAAGGAGAGCCAGGACGUCCUCUCUGGAGCAGGUGAGUAGAAGACGAGGGCCCAGUGGAUUUCCCACCAGGAUCUCCCCAGCAUAGACCCUCCUGGCAGAAGAGCCUGGGGUAGGAUUGGCAAACAAUGGGGUUUAGGCGCAGGAGGUCUGAGCCCCCAACCUGGUGGCUGUUGGACACUUGUGGAUUUAGGAAGGAAGUUGUGGUCCUUAUCUAGGGCGACUACGAAACUCAGGCCAGUGGGGAACGAAGCCUGCAAGAGCCACAUUGCUGUGUGACUGUGAGCCAGGCGCCUUGCUAGUGCUGCUGGAGCCCCAUCUGAAGGGACUCCUGAGUCCAUGCCCAAGCAGAGUGACCUGAGCUGCACAGUGCUGGGGAGGGGGCCAUGGGCUUUGUGCUUCAAGCAGGAAAGGCAGUUCAGGGAGAGGAAAACUGAUCCUAACAGGUGGUUGAGUGGUGCCCCAGGACUGGUCAGGUGGCAGUCGUGGCCCAAGUGGUGAGAAAGGCUGGGACCUAGAAUAGAGAGAAGGAAAAGGCAGGGGAGUUCCUGGGGUCAACCAGAGGGAGUCUUGGAUGGAUUUAAGUAGGUAGGAGGUCAUGGUGUCUAGUCUGCAUGUUCUGUCUGAUGGCCAGCCAGCCAUGAUGGUGUAGGCUAGAUCCCCUGUUCUGGGAAGGACAAAGUUGUAGCCACAGAAAGCUGGGGCCAGGACUCUUGGGUUCUGCCCCAGCCUUUAGCCUUCAGCUUCCCUGCAAUGUGGGGCAGGACACCCUGGACCCAUUACCUCUGCUGUCACUUGUGUGAGUCACCUGAGUCAGUUAUAGGGGAUGGUCUCCAGGUCACCUGUGCCAUCAGGUGAGUAUGGGAUGGAGACAAGGUGUAGACCAGUUCCAGGAUGCAUGGCUCCCCCAGCACUCUGUCAGCCCCUCCCUGCCCCAACACUGUCCUCUUUCCUGACACAGCCUAGCAUGGCUGUUGUCUCCAAGAGGAGCAACCUUGUGGUCUGAGGAGGUACCACUGUCUAGAGACUGUGCUUUUUAAUCCCCAGCCUGGCACUGAGCCACCUGCAACCCAGCAGGAGAUGACCUUGGGUCUCAGCCUGACUCAGCUGAGCCUGGAUCCUACAUGUAGGCAAGAGCUAACUCUGAGCCCUGGCUCACCAAAGCUGACCCCUCCCCUAGACCCUACACACCAGAUAGAGCUGAUCCUGAGUGUCAGCCCAGCCGAGCUGACUCUGGAUCCUGCAUGCCAGUCAGAGUUGACCCUGCGACCCAGCCUGGCCACGCUGACCCUGGAUCCUGCACACCAGCCAGAGGAGACCCCAGCCCCCAGCCUGGCUGAACUGACCCUGGAGCCUGUGCACUGCCGACCUGAGCUCCUGGAUGCCUGUGCUGACCUCAUCAAUGAGCAGUGGCCCCGCAGCCGUGCCUCCCGCCUGCACUCCUUGGGCCAGUCCUCAGAUGCCUUCCCCCUCUGCCUGAUGCUGCUGAGCCCCAGCCCCACACCUGAGGCAGCCCCCAUUGUGGUGGGCCAUGCCCGCCUGUCACGGGUGCUAGACCGGCCCCAGAGCCUCCUAGUGGAGACAGUGGUUGUGGCCCGGGCUCUCAGGGGCCGUGGCUUUGGCCGCCGCCUUAUGGAGGGCCUGGAGGUUUUUGCUCAGGCCCGGGGCUUCCGCCGACUACACCUCACCACCCAUGACCAGCUGCAGUUCUAUGCCCACCUGGGCUACCAUCUAGGUGAGCCUGUGCAGGGCGUGGUCUUCACCAGCCGACGGCUGCCUGCCACCCUGCUCAAGGUCUUCCCCAGAGCCCCCUCUCCCCGGCCACCCUGCAAGGCUUCUAGCCUGGCUGCCCAGACUGCCCCAAGACUCCCCAAGGGGUCAUCAUUGCCACCACCUCCUCCCCUGCCUGAGCCCUUGACCACUUCACCCCCACCUCCUGCAGGGCCCCUUCCAAAAAGCCUGCUGGAGACACAAUACCAAGACCUGAGAGGAUGUCCCAUAUUCUGGAUGGAAAAAGACAUCUGAGGGCUCCCCAGGACAAGGCACUGUCCUUCAGGGUUGAUGCAGUACAAGCCUCAGCCCGUUGGCCUUACCUCAGUCCCUAGACCUUGGGGGCAGCUGUAGCCUGACCAUGUUUCCUGAAUACCAGUGAGGCCAGGAGAUGGCUUCAUGGCUGUGGCUCAGAGCUGUCAGUGUGGCUGAAUAAAGGUUUCUGUUGGA